AUGUACAAUCCAACUACAACCACAAGUAUGCAGGGAAACAAAGAAGUAUUACUCUCCGACUUCUUAGUGCAGCAGCCGCCCACAGAUAGCAUUUCAUCAAUAAAAUACAGUCCAGUGAGCGAUAUUCUUACGGCGUGUUCCUGGGAUGGAUCUGUGUACAUUUACAUGCCAAGCAACCAGAAUGUGCAUGAGUCAAUGGCUCUUAAAACAUCAAUCCCAAAUCCAAACGGGUCUCCCAUUCUGUGCAGCUGUUUUUCCAGUGACGGAAUGUAUCUGUUCACAGGAAGCGCAGAUGGAGCUGUUAGGGUAAUCGACAUGGGAACAGGGAAUCUGACCACUCUUGGGAGACACUCACUAGGGGUCAGUGCAAUGGUUUUUACUUGUGCAAGAACUUUGGUCACCGGCAGCUGGGAUAAGACAGUUAAGGUCUGGGACAUAAAUAACCCGCAGGCACAGCCAAAAGAGCUGCUAAUGGAGGACAAGGUGUACGCAAUGGACAGCAAGAUGAACACAAUAGCAAUUCUGCUGAGCAACACCAUUGUAUCAUACGAUGCAUACACACUGGAGAAGGUCCAGGUGCCAACAAACAGUGCAUACCAGAAUAAGCUGAGGCCCAGUACGCCCAUGGGGUAUGGAACAAUUCAGACGGCCACAAAGUACCAGCUUAAAAGCCAGUGGCAGCUAAGAAGCAUAUCUUGCUCAAAUGAUGGGCAGGAUGCAAUUGUAGGCACAACCGGGUCUAAAGCGGAGAUUGUGGCUGUCCGGCCUGGAAACAGUCUAAGCACCAUGUACUACUCCUUCCGGUGCAAACAAACUACAACAGACAGAAACGCAUAUCCCAUUAACUCUGUUCACUACCACCCAGCAUUCCCCAUGACACUUCUAACCGCAGGAACCGAUGGUGUGGUGAUGCUAUGGAACAGACAGGCGAAGUGCCGUGUGGCAAUUGGAGGGCCUGGAGCAUCCAGCGUGUCCUCGGUAAUUGAUAAGUGCAUCACAGCAACUGCGUUCAACAACACAGGAAGAUACUUAGCUGUUGCUGUAGGAUACGAUUGGUCGCAGGGUUUUAAAUCGCAAAUAUCUACCCCAGUGGAAAUAAGGAUCCUUAUGAUACCGGAAGAAAUCCACUCAAAAACAGGCAUGAGGAUAUAA